CAUCAAGUGGGCGUGGUUUAUAUUGUCAACAUCCUGUGAAAUAAAAUGGCGACCGUGGACCAAAGCGAAGGCCAAGAAGAGCCGGAAAGUGAAGAGGAGGUUUACGAGGUAGUGGAUCUGACAGAGUAUGCUCGACGGCAUCAGUGGUGGAGUCGAGUAUUCGGGAGUAACUCGGGUCCCAUCGCUGAAAAGUACUCGGUGGCCACUCAGCUAAUGAUGGGAGGAAUAACUGGAUGGUGUGCUGGUUAUGUCUUGCAGAGGGUUGGGAAGGUCGCAGCAACUGCUGUCGGUGGAGGCUUCCUCCUUUUACAGAUUGCCAAUCAUAGUGGCUACGUCCAGGUGGACUGGAAGAAAGUGGAGAAGGAUGUGAACAAAGCAAAGAAACAUCUGAAGAAGAAAGCCAACAAAGCUGCCCCAGAAUUAAACACAUUCAUUGAGGAGGUAAAGGCUACCGAUUUUAUCAAGCGGAACAUCGUCUUGUCCAGUGGCUUUGUUGGAGGAUUUUUCCUUGGUCUGGCCUCCUAAAAGACCCCAUCAAUCUCCUAGUCCUGAUCGCCAUCGCGUCCUUGUAUAUUUCCAUCUAAGUGACUUGACCAUGAUGAACAUCUUUUGUUGUGUAUAGAAACCAUGCUGGAUUAUAGCUUGUUUUCCAUUGCAAACACUGAGCCUAAACUGACAAAUGUUUUUAUCCAUCAGUGCUCUCAAACCAAUUUUCACUUCUCCAUUCCAACCAAUACAGCACAAACUCCAUGUUUCUAUUUAAGUGGUCAUUAUUUAUGACUUCCCUGAAUUGCACCAAAAUCAAUAGGAAGUGACCCAGGAAUGCCCAAAAAUCAUUGUAAAGUGAACCAGAAUUAACAAAGUGACACGAAAUCAACGGUGAAUUUAGAAAUGGUCCAAAAUUACCAGGAAGUGACCUGGGAAUGCUCAAAAAUCAUAAAGUGAAUCGAAAUUAACAGUGACACAAACUCAACAGGAAGGGAAUUUGGAAAUGCCGCAAAAUUCACGGGAAGUAACUUAUCAACAGCAAGUGAGCCAAAAUGAACAGGAAGUAUACCAGACAUGCCAGAAAAUCAACAGGAAGUGACCCGGGAAGGCCCAAAAAUCAUCAGAAAGUGAACCAAGAUUAACAAAGUGACACGAACUCAACAAGAGGUGAACUUAAAAAGGCCGCAAAAUUAACAGGAAGUAACCCGUGAAUACCAAAUAAGCCAAAAUGUACACGAAGUAACGCAAAAAUGCCACAAAAUCAACAAGAAGUGACCCGGGAAGGCCCAAAAAUCCUCAUAAAUUGAGCCAAAAUUAACAAAUUGACACAAAAUAAACUGGAAGUAACUAAUGAACACCAGGUGAGCCAAAACAAACGGGAAGUAACCCAGAAAUGUCUGAAAAUCAACUGGAAGUGACCCGCGAAUACCCAAAAAUCAUCAUAAAUUGAACCAAAAUAAACAGGUAGUGAUUUGAAAAUGCACCAAAAUUAACAGGAAGUAACCUGUGAAGAGCAAAUGAGCCAAAAAUGUACAGGAAAUAACCCCAGAAUGCCCAAAAAUUAACAGGAAAUGAUCCAAAACGUAAAGGAACUGACUCCUAAAGGCCCUAAAAACAAGUCAAAUGCAAAAAUAUCCUCAAUUACAAUCAAGAGUUGACAAAAAAUAAGUAUACGGUAGAUACGUUUGACAGAUUUCAUUUCAGUCACGAUACUUUUGACAACCCGAUUUUAAGACACUAGAAUGGUGGAGAUUGGUUUGAGGCCACUUACAUCAUGAAGUACAGUGAUACCUCAGCUCACGAACGCUUAAGCUCACGAACUUUUCGCCUCAAGAACAUUAAAUUCGCGAGCAUAUAGUCUCUGCUGAUGAACUAGUUUUCGGCGGACGAACCAAACCACGCGGUCGAACAGCGCCACGAGAAGCUGACGCACGCUCACGGCGUCCCAGUUCGUCCCCUCCCUUUCGUUGAGUGCGGACGUGGUUUGUGUUUGAUAGACAUUUUGGACCAUAUUGAGUAUACUUUUGCUAUUAUGGGACCGAAAAAGACCCCACCACAGGCUAGUGUUAAGCCUAAAAAGACAUUAAAGAAAAUAAGGUAUAUUUUUGUGUAGUUUUAAGGCUUAUUUAGUAGAAAAUUAUGUUUUAUGGGGACCUGGGAACGGAUUAUUCUCAUUUUAAUGGUUUCUUAUGGGACAUAAAUGUUCGGAAGACGAACUUUUCGCCUUACACACACUUUCUGGGAACCAAUUAUGUUCGUGAGCUGAGGUAUCACUGUACUUCAACAUAAAAUUUGCCAUAUUUUCUAAACCAGCACCUGCACUAAAAUUCCUAAUAGUGAGACGUUUGUCACCCCAAAAAAUUCACCUUCAACCAGUUUUGUUCUAAAAGUCGCAGGGUUCAAACUGAAAAAACUAGCGGCUUUUAGUCUGAAAAUUAGGGUAGCUUCACUGAUAUGACAUUCAUCUGUGCUUUUUUCUUUUUUUUUGCCUUAUUCUAUGUAUGUUAUGUUGUACUUUGCCUCAUGGAUAUUUUUUUGGGGAACUUGACAGUUUAACGUUUACAUUUUGUUGCGACUUGUCUUGUUUUAAGAUGAACAAAUAUGAAUUUCGAUGUCAGUAUUAAAGAAUUAAAUGUUUAAUUUGGUCAUGGGCACUUAUUAACUCAUUCACUCCCAGCCAUUUUCACCG